UUCGUUUUCUGCUCUGCUAUUGCUCGUCGUCGUCGUCGUCGCUGAACUCGUCUGUCUUCGUCGUCGUUCACGUCGUCGAAUAGCCAAAUCGCACGAGUCCACGAAUUCGAAUUUCCCUCUCUUUUACACCUUUUUUUUCUUUUUUUCUGCGUGCGUGUCUCUUUUCGCCCACCAACUCACACUCGUUUACAAUCCUCUCUAUAACACUGUCGCUCUCUACAAUUGUCUGACAUCCUUUACCCCUUUUCUCCCCAUAAUAUUCUCGCCGUUGCCAUAUAUUCCCGUCCACUUUACACAUAACCCUCCCUUCCUACGGUUUUCGCGACCAUGGACGACUCACAGACAGCCUUUGCGUCCCAAUACGCCACCUACCCAUUCGACCUCGACAUGAUGAAGCGCUCUAUGGAUACCGUUGGCGGCCCAGAUGCUAAAAAGGCCCGUUGGUCUCCUCCUUCGGGUUUCUCCAACCAAAACGGAAACAACGCGGGUGCACCAAACCGCGACGCCUUCGCAAACUACGGUUACGGCCCAAACGCCAGCAUUAACCAACCUUUCAACGGCGGCGCGGCCAACGGAGGCGCCUUCGCUGGCAGCCCUCUCUAUUCCACCACCUCACUCUCCAUCAACACCCAAGCCAACGGCGCCGCAAUGCCAUCGCAACUCAGUCCCAACACCGCUGCAGCAGCUUUCGCUGUCCAACAGCAGCAACAACAGCAGGCCCAGCAGGGCCAGGGUGCCGCAAAUGGUGCAGCAGGAUAUGCCGCCGGUUUCGGGGGCUACAACAUGUUGGGCAUGGGCCUUCCAAGCAUGAAUAUGCUUGGCUCCUUCCCAUACAAUGGCCAGAUGGCAAACUUCAACCAGCAACGCAUCCCCUCCCUUAACCUCGCCAUGCCCGCCGCACAGGCAGGAGCAUACUCGCCAGCGGCCCUCACCGCGGCAAUGAACGCCUCGGGUAACGCAACUGGACGAACUGUUUACGUGGGAAACCUUCCUGCCACUGCCUCCGUUGACGAACUGUUGAACCUCGUCCACUUCGGCCCGCUCGAGUCCAUCCGCGUUCUCCCCGAGAAAUCUUGUGUCUUCCUGUCCUUCCUUGACGGCGCCACUGCUGCCGCUUUCCAUGCCGACGCGACAGUUAAGAAACUGUCUCUCCACGGACAGGAGCUCAAAAUCGGUUGGGGAAAGCCAUCACCUGUGCCCGCACAGGUCGCCCUUGCCAUCAGCCAAUCUAAUGCAAGCAGGAACGUCUACAUUGGUGGUUUGGAUGAGAACAUGACGGAGGAGAUGCUGCGGGAUGAAUUGAGCCGAUUUGGUCUGAUCGACCAAGUCAAGAUUGUGAGGGACAAGAACAUUGGAUUUGUCCACUUUUUGAGUAUCUCCGUUGCUACCAAAGUGGUCAACACCCUCCCCAACGAGCCUGCAUGGGCAGGCAAGCGAGUCAACUUUGGCAAGGAUCGGUGUGCAUAUAUUCCAAAAUCUCAGCAAGUGGCAGCACAGCAAGCACAAGCUGCUGCCGCCCAGUCUCUCGUUGCCCAGCAGCAGGGCAAUGGCUUUGCACCAUUCUCUCCCUAUGUCGGCGCUGGAUUCGAUAUGAUGGGCAACGGUUUGGCGGGCGGAGCUGGUGGUGUUCAAGCUAUGAACAGAACUGUCUACCUCGGCAACAUUCACCCCGAGACCACUACGGAAGAUCUUUGCAACGCCAUUCGUGGCGGAGUCUUGCAGAGCAUUCGGUAUAUGCAAGACAAGCACAUCGCCUUCGUCACUUUUGUCGACCCCGCCGCCGCCUUCACUUUCUUCCAAGUCGCAUCCUACCAAGGCAUGACCCUCAACAAUCGACGCCUCAAGGUUGGCUGGGGCAAGAACGCUGGCCCUCUCCCGCCUUCUCUGGCUCUUGCCGUCCACGCCGGUGCCACGAGAAACGUCUAUAUUGGCAACAUUGAAGAUUUCGAAGUCUUCAACGAAGAGAAAUUGAAGCGUGACUUUGGAGAGUACGGAGACAUCGAGCUCGUCAACUUCUUGAAGGAAAAGAACUGUGCAUUCGUCAACUUCACCAAUAUCUCGAAUGCUAUCAAGGCCAUCGACGGUAUCAAGAACAAGGCCGAAUAUGCAAACCUGCGAAUCGCACACGGCAAGGAUCGCUGCGCCAACCCUCCACGAUCUGGUCCCCAAGGCGGCGGUCGACGAACUGCCAGCGGUAACGCAGCUGCCAAUGCCAAUGAAGGUGGCUCUGGCAACGCGGAGGAUGCCAAUGCAGAAUAUGUCAACGGUGCUGAAGCUGAUGGCGAAAUGCACCUUGACGCUGAUGCCCAGCCCAAUGGGUCUGCUUCUCCUGCGGCUUAA